AUGGAGCGCCCAUGGUGGAUGGGCCAUCUCCGACCCGGGUGUGCACGGUCCGCUCUCGACGUGCUUCGCCCCAAGCCCCCGGCUCCGCCCCCGCCAAAGGCUCCGCCCCCACCGUCAAGUCCUCCCCACAGACUCCGACGACCAGUCCCCCACGGCACACCAACACACAAGACGGCCACGCAUGGGGAAUUCGAGGCUGCCCCGCGCACAUCUGCAGGAACAUCAGCCAACAGGCCCGACGGGCACCGCUUCGAUUUUGGGACCCGGGACGGUGCUUUCGGAGUGCCCACCACUCUGAUUCCACCGCCCGGCAAGGGUACGUUUCCUGGCCGACCUCCUUCCAUGUUUCCUCUCCCGUGUCCUCCGCCUCGCCCACCACAUCCACACCCACAGCACCAUUACGAGGCCGGUCAUCAGGGGGAUUCUAGAGGGGAUCACAUAGGGAAAUUGCCUAAGUUUGAUUUUCCUAAAUUCGACGGUGACCACCCAAAACUGUGGAUUAAGCAGGCUGUUCAUUACUUCAAACUCUACCGUGUCGAGUCCACUGUGUGGCUAUCUGCUGCCACUAUGCAUUUCCAAGGACCAGCCAAGCGCUGGCUCUCUUCAGUGGAGGAAGAGCUUGAAAAUCAGGGGUGGGAUGAGUUCUGUGCACAAUUGUUGUCACGCUUUGCACGCGACGAACACGAACUCCUUCUCCGUCGUUUGUUCCAAAUCCGGCAAACUGGUCCUGUUUCUGAGUAUAUCGAGAAGUUCGUAGGGCUGGUAGAUGAACUCAAAGCUUAUGCUAAACAUCCAGACCCUCUUUACUAUGUUCAACGUUUCAUUGACGGCUUGCGUGAUGAAAUUAAAGCUGUUCUUAUGGUUCACAAGCCAGCUACUCUGGAUACUGCUUGCGUCUUGGCUGAAUUGCAGGAGGAAGCAUUGGGGCUCACCAAACGGCCAUACCGGCGCUUCGAUCAAGCCAGCAACUCCAAGCCCGGGUGGGGGCCUCCCUUGGCCUUGCCGCCACCGCCUCCACAAGCUCCUGGUGCGGUCAAGCGCCCCGUGAAUGUCGCCGCAACGACGAUUGAUGACAAGAUGCAAGCCCUUCGUGCUGCUCGUCGCGCUCAGGGGCUCUGUUAUCGCUGCGGCGCCAAGUGGAGCCGGGAUCAUCGAUGCUCGAGACAAGAUGCUUUCACCUCGUUCAGGAACUUUGGGAUAUUCUGCCAAUCUCUGAUGAUGCAGAUGAGGAGGGCCCGGCGUCCCCGACGACGUCCCAUAUCAUGA